CGCCUCCAGCAGCUCCGCUGCGGCCGCCUGGGUAAAGGCCAACGUCUCCUCCUUUCCGGGCGUCUCCUUCCGCUACAUCGCCGUCGGCAACGAGGUCAUCGACAGCGCCGGCCAGAAGACCAUCCUCCCGGCCAUGAGGAACGUACAACGGGCGAUCAUGGCCGCCGGCCUCGGCGGCAGCGUCAAGGUGUCGACUUCUGUACGGUUCGACGUGGUCACCAACACCUUCCCGCCCUCCAACGGUGUGUUCGCGGACCAAUCAUUCAUGGGGCCCAUCCUUGAGUUCCUGGCGAGCACCGGCGCACCGCUGCUGGUCAACGUCUACCCCUACUUCGCCUACGAGAACGACCCACAGAACAUCCAGCUCAACUUCGCUACCUUCGUGCCAGGCAGCACCACCGUGAACGACAAGGGGCUGACAUACACGAACCUGUUCGACGCCAUGGUCGACUCCAUCUACGCCGCGCUGGAGAAAGCCGGCAGACCCGGGGUUAAGGUGGUCAUAUCCGAGAGCGGGUGGCCGUCGGACGAAGGUUUCGGGGCGACGGCGCAGAACGCUCGGGCGUAUAACCAGGGGUUGAUCAACCACGUCGGCAACGGCACGCCCAAACGGCCCGGGCCGUUGGAGACGUACAUUUUCGCCAUGUUCAACGAGAAUAAGAAGGACGGGGAGAAGAGCGAGAAGCACUUUGGGCUGUUCAAUCCGGACAUGUCGCCGGCCUACUCAAUUACUUUCUGAAUGCGACAAGCGCUGGAUACUUCGCGUUCGAAUAAGCUGCCUGGCAAUGCAAAAUGCAUGCAUUUGAGUCAACCACUCGUGUGUGUUAUGUCUUCUUUCCUUAAAAAUAUCCCAUAAAACACGUCAAAAAUGAAAAGAAAAGGACUGAAAUC